AUGUUUGCGUGUUUCUCGGGCCAUAAAUCUGGCAGUAGACAGCCAUCACUCCCUUCAUCAUCUUCUCCAAAGUCAUCAUCCUCUUCUCAACAUUUGAACGAUCAACUCUCUUCGGAAUUACUUUCCAUUUUACUUUCAUUCUUUUCUCUUGAAGAGAAAUUAAGAGUUUUGAGAUUUGUUUCUAAAACCUGGUUUACCUUUUGUUGGGUUAGUACCAACAAAAUUCAUAUUGAUCAAACAUGGAAUUAUCAAUUUGUGCAAUAUGUGAUUAAAUAUGUAGUAUUAGAAAAAGCGUUGCCGUUUAUCGAAGAAUUGAGUAUUGGUCAUGAAGCAGUGUUCAAGAAAGAGCAUGACUUGACUUCUUUUACAACACUCUUUUGUGAAAAGUUUGCUUUGAAGAGUAAUCGUCUCAAAUCAUUGUUGAUCAAACCAGCCAUUAAUUCAGAUGAAUUCUAUUUUAUUUGUACCAAAUUACCCAAUUUGACACAUUUAAAGGUGAAUAUCCAUAAUUGUAGAAAUGAGAACACCAAUGAAUUAAUAACUGAAUUUUUUGAAGAGUCAUCCAUAACAGAACCAAACGAUAUUCAAUUCAAAAGCAAUGAAAUUGUUUUACCCAAGUUGAAAUCAUUGACCAUUGAAAAUGCCAACUUGUCAAAAGAAUUGAUCUCAAAAAUUUUGUUCUUGAUUUUACACAAGAAUCUUUUGAUGAAUUUUAGAAACAUGGGACUUAUUCAGUCGUCUCAAACAGACAUUCCAUCAACCAAUGAAUGUCAAAUGUUAGAUCAUUUGGAAAUUUCUAAAAGCAGUCAAUUAGAUGAAGGAUUUGAAAUGUUGGAGAAGUAUUUGAAAUUCUAUUGCGAAAAUGAAUUGAAAAUUUACGGUGCUGUGAGUGAGAAGUCUUACAAAAACAGCAUUCCCUUAAAGUCUCUCAUAUUCAGAUAUAAUUUAUCAAUUCAAGAUACUGGAUGUGUUGCUUGCUCGAACAUUUUCAAGGGUAUUGAAAUUCUACAUUUUGACAAGAAUAAGAAACCAGAAUUGACGUUUGGGACUGCCCCUAAAAGAAAGGAAGAAUCUUCGGUAUUGAUUACAGAAGAUAAUGGAUUGACAAGCAUCUUGUACAAAUUCAAAGACACUUUGAAAGAUUUAAAGUUGUCAGAGUUUGCAUUUCAUGCGUCAGGGUUACAAGAUGACAUUCCAUACAAUUUCACACAAGUUCUCACACAUUUGAAAGUGUUGAAGGAGAUUCAUUUGGAUUUAGGUUCAUGCUCGAGGUCUGUCCGCGUUCAAGCUCCAUUUUUAUGCUCAAAUCUAUUUGAAUUGUCAAACCAUAUCGAAAAAAUUGUCCUCAAUGAAUGCGGUGAUGUGUUAACACAAGAAGGUUGGGAUACCUUGACAGGAAUGAAUCUGUCAUCUGAGAGCUCGAUUUAUCCUAAUCUUCACACGCUCUAUAUUCACAAUGGGAAAAUGUAUAAUGUGACAAGAAGUUUGAUUCGAGAAAAUGCCUUUAUGAAUUUAAAACAUCUCACAUUGGACUAUUGUUGCCGAAUUGAAAGCUUGUUUACAAAUGCAAAAGAACCUGCUUCUACUUCAACAAUUAGCGAGACUGGUGAAGUUCUAUCAGUUCCCGUUAAGAAAAAGCUUUCUGCCUUGACUUUUGAAAGAUGUAUUCGACUCAAGUAUGGGAUGGAGCAAUUACUUGCGAUCUGUGACCUAAAAGUUUUGGAACAGUUGGAUUUUAUCGCAUCGAGAGAGUACACCAAUUUUGAAUGGAUGUUAAAACUGAAUCAUGUGAAGAAAUUGGACUUGAGUAACAAUGUGCAAAUGAAGGAUGAAGAUUUGAGAUGGCUCGUUAAUUGUGAACAGCUGGAAACUUUAUCUCUUGCUCAUAACAAAACUCUCAAAGGAAAAGGACUUCAACAUUUGGCAAACACUCCACGCAUUUGGGAAACCUUGCGUGAGCUGAAUUUGGAUUGGUGUAGCAAGUUAGAGGACGAAGGAUUGGAAAAUGUUUCAAAAUUUGCAAACAUGAGAGUUUUCAACAUUCUUCAUGUGAAACAUCUCCAUCGUUUCGAUUAUUUGAAAAAUUUGACUCAACUUGAAACUUUGCUUUUAGUGAGAUGCUUUAACAUUAAGGAUGACAAUAUUAUUCCAGUCAUUGAGAAUUGUCCUCACAUUAGAAUUCUGACCAUUCAUGGUGGACAUUACGGUUAUAAUGAAUUCCUGACGAACAAAACCAUCAAGGCCAUUGUACAACAUUUAAGAGGGAUUCAACAAUUGACGAUUAACUUUGCAGCCAUUACUGACAAGGGUGUGAAGGAAUUAACGGCAUUGCCAUUUCUAACUCAUCUCAACGUUCAGCGAUGUAAAGUCACUGACAAAAUUCAGAAAUACUUGCCGCACACCUCGAUCAUUAUGGAUAUCGAUUACAAAAAGUAA